AGGCGCAAGACUGCCACAGCUUAGGCCUACCUGGAGGGCGAGAGCGAGUUCUCGGAAAGAUGAAUCCCAUCACGAAUACGAAGAACCUUCAAAAAUUGAAUGAAAGGGAACUGCAAAUGGGUCUGAGCGGAACCAAUUCAUCUUGGCACUCAGAUUAUAAGGAAUCGGCUUGGAUUUUUAUUGGUGGCUUGCCUUACGACUUGACAGAAGGAGAUAUUAUUUGCGUAUUCUCUCAAUAUGGUGAGAUUGUGAACAUCAAUAUGGUCAGGGACAAGAAAACAGGGAAAAGCAAGGGAUAUGCAUUUCUUUGUUAUGAAGAUCAACGUUCCACAGUUUUGGCUGUUGACAAUUUCAAUGGCAUGACAUUGUGUCGGCGAAUCAUCAGAGUGGAUCAUGUAAAGGACUAUAAACCCCCCAAGGAAAAGAAGGGUGAAGAAUUGGAUGAACUGACUAAGAAAGUGAGAGAGGAGGGCUGUGGACCUAAUAUUGACCUAAUAGAACAGGGGAAGCCCGAUGCUACCAGUUUGAAAAAGCCAGAUAUUGAAGAAAUACCCAAAGAUGUUGUGAAGAAAGAAAAGCUGGAUAAGCAAAAGAAAAAGAGGCGAAGAAGUAGCACAAGUGAAAGCAGUGAUGAUGCUCAAAGGAAGACGACAAGGGAUAAAAAGAAGAAAAGAAAGGAGAAGAAAGCCAAGAAGAAAAAGUCAAGGAAGAGGGCUAAGGCCCAUCAGGCUGUGGGUUUCUCCUUUAGUAUUACCCAUGAAGGGUUGGAUGUGGAUUUUGACUGGGAGGCCCUGAAGGUCAUCUGGAGGGCUGGUGUGCGAUCAUGGAAGAAACGGCUAGCUCGUUUCACGAAUAGUGUACGUGCUGGAGUCUACCCUGGAACUCUUUCAACAUGGCUUGCAUCAGUUGGAAUUGCUUCAGCUCUCUAUAUGGCUGGGUUUCAGUUCUUUGGUUUACCCUUUCUGAUCUCUAGGUUCUUUCCUGACACAUCAUACCUGAUCAUGGGCCGAGGGAAACCCACAGAUGGGGAGCUUUUUGGUUGUGUUGUUGCUGGUUCUGCAAUGUGGAUUUCAACGGUUGUGUUCUAUCGCUACACGCUCAAGGCACUUCUCUUGUACAAAGGGUGGUUAUAUGAAGAACGAGGACCUGGUGCUAAGCCAUCACUUGUGACAAGGGCAUGGAUGCUAACACUUUGUAUGAUGACCAAGGGCCCUGCCCUUUUAUACUGCUACCAAUACUCUUUGCCUCAUCUCUCUCUUCCAUCGCUCAAGGAAACUACAGAGAAGUACCUGUUGAGUGUGAGGCCCCUGCAAACAGAUGAGCAGUUUGAGAGAACCAAGAAAAUGGCCAAAGAAUUUCAGGACACCAUAGGAAAAAAAUUGCAAAGAUACCUCUGGCUUAAGUCUUGGUGGUGCUCAAACUAUGUUUCGGAUUGGUGGGAAGAGUAUGUGUACCUUCGAGGUCGAUCUCCUAUUAUGGUGAACUCCAAUUUCUAUGGAAUUGAUGCAAUCCUCUUCCAGCCUACUCACAUUCAGGCAGCACGUGCUGCCAACGUUGCAUAUGCAGCUCUUCUCUUCCGUCGACUCAUCUAUAGACAAGAGCUACAACCUAUCAAAGUGCAAUUCCUGGUGCCACUGUGCUCAUGGCAGUAUGAGCGUGUAUUCAACACUACUCGGAUACCUGGGAUUGAAGUGGAUGUCAUCAAGCAUCGCGAUGACAGUGACCACAUUGUGGUCUAUCACAAGGGGCGAUAUUUCAAGGUCCCAGUCUAUCAUCGAGGCCGACUGCUGUACCCAUGUGAACUGGAAAUCCAGAUGCAGCACAUCCUGAGCAGUGAUGAGCAUCCAGACAAGGGUGAGGAGAAGCUGGCAGCCAUGACUGCUGGUGAAAGGACUCCAUGGGCAAUUGCAAGGCAGCAAUACUUUGCGAGGGGCAACAACCGCAUUGCACUCAAUGCUGUUGAACAGGCUGCUUUUGUACUUGUGCUUGAUGACCAGGAUUUUGAUUAUGAUCCUACUGAUCACUCCAAGUUAGAUAAGUUUGGACGGCUUAUGCUCCACGGAAAGGGAUAUGACCGCUGGUUUGAUAAAUCUUUCAACUUAGUUGUUGGGCGCAAUGGCAGAAUUGGAUUCAAUGCUGAACAUUCCUGAUAUGAUGAAACGGGUCAUUGCACUGGUACACCAGAGUUCAAGCCUCCAAUACCUAUCAAACUCAAGUGGCAGAUCCCACAUGAGUGCAUUGAGGCUAUUGAACGCAGCUAUUUGGGUGCACAGCAAUUGUUGAAUGAUGUUGACCUACGACUGUAUGUGCACAAUGAAUAUGGCAAAGGUUUCAUGAAGAAAUGUAGGUUGUCACCUGAUGCAUACAUACAGAUGACACUCCAGUUGGCCUACUUCCGUGUUGCAGGGAAAUUCAAUCUGACAUAUGAGGCAUCCAUGACCCGCCUGUUUCGUGAAGGGCGGACUGAGACAGUGCGACCUUGUACUGUUGAAUCCACGAGAUUUGUUCGAGCUAUGGAGAAUCCUGCCAUUUCUGAUGAGGAACGUGUAUCCCUUCUCAGAGAUGCAUGCAAGAAGCAUCAGUUGCUCUAUCAGGAUGCCAUGUGUGGGAAAGGGAUUGACCGACAUCUCUUCUGUCUUUAUGUUGUCAGUCGAUGGCUGGAAGUUGACUCUCCAUUCCUUAAGGAGGUGCUGAGUGAGCCAUGGCGCUUGUCAACCAGCCAGACUCCUCAUGGUCAGACAGAUAAACUGGACUUGAAGAAAUAUCCAAAAUGCAUCUCAGCAGGAGGAGGUUUUGGGCCUGUGGCUGAUGACGGCUAUGGUGUGUCCUACAUCAUUGCAGGAGAGGAUAUCAUCUUCUUCCACAUCUCCUGCAAAGUCAGCUCCCCUGAGACGGACUCAAACCGGUUUGCGGAUGCAGUUCGGAAGUCCCUGACUGACAUUCAACGGCUAUUUGAACAAACGAAGAAAUCAAAUGGGCCUGCUGUGUCUAAUGGGGCUGCUGGUUCCUAAUCCAGUUUCCCCUUAUCUUCCACAUCCUUCCGUUUGGCUUCUUUUUAGUGAGUACUGUAUAGUGUGCAUUGCUGCUAGCUAACACAAGAUUGCCUCAAGGACACAAUGGCCAGAAGGAAGUUGAAAACAUAUCUGCAUGCUGUACUUGCUCCUUUAGGUCCAGGUGAUGUUCUGAGUGUUGCAAGGCAGGGAUUGGACUGUCAUUUUGUACAAAGAGUCAGGUAUUAGCCUACUCAUUGUGUGUGUAUGUCUAAGUGUAAUAAGGACAACUGAUUGGGCUAUGGUUAAGGGUCCAGAUUCAUGACAGUUUAGCAUCUAAGUACCAAGUCUUUCUCAAGUGAUGACUAUCAGGUCUGUUUUUCUCUCAUUGUGAUGAUACUUGGAGAACUGUGUGUUACCAGGACUGUGACCCUAGUGAAAGGAAGUUUCAUCUAUUUCUCUCUUGAUUUUGUAAAAAUCUUUUUGCCUGCUACUUUCUAAUUGUGGAUAAUCAGUAAGGGUUUUGAUGGUGACAGCUAAAAUCCAGAUCCCCCAUUGCCUCUUCUCUGUGAUAUGACUAAGUGGAGACCGUCAAUCCCACUCUUAGUAAAAUUGAAGGAUUGGUCUUGCAGGAAAACAGUUUUAAAGAUUCCAUUAUCAUCAACAUUUAUUUCACCCCAGCUAUUCAUUUUCAUUGUCCAAAAUCUACUACAUGUGUCAUCCAUCAUUGCCAAAUUCAUAUUUGUGUGCUUGAUCCUGUUUGUUCCAUGAUGAAAGUACAGGU